AUGGACAGGACAAAGCGCAAGACAGCCAAAGAGCAAUUCAGAUUCUUCUUGUGCAGGAUCGAAAGCAAGAAAAGGACAGAGGUGGUGCUGGCGCUAGGCACAGCAGAGCACAAUCGCAAGGCCCAGGGCGAGACCAGUUUAAGCACAAGCGAAAGUGCGACCAAUGCCAAAGGAAAGAUUGGUAGCUGCGAGUCGCCACGCCUCAACACCACUGCCCUGGCUGCAGCCCUCGGCAGUGGCGCCUGGCCGGCGUCCCCAGCGGAAGCACCGGUGACGCCGGCGGAUACUGCGCCACUGACGCCAGCGCCGGUAGCAGUGGAGGCACCGGAGCCAGAAAAGCCUUCACCGGCGGAGUUCAAUGCAUCGUCCGGCUUUCUGCAUCGAGUUCCGGAGGAGGAAGUUCGAUUGGACAAACUCCCACGGCCCUUCUAUUGCGACCCUCUGGAGCACGUCAUCGUCAUCAAUCUCCAAGAUGAAAGAGGCAAACCCAAACGGGACAGCCUUGCCCAGGAGUUGGAAAAGGCAGAAAUCGAUUCCUACAAUUUCUUUCCAGCCGUGGACCAUGAGAUAGAUGAGCAGCUGAAGUCGGAAAUGAGCGCUCAAGACCCCCAGUUGUGCGACACGCUGCCCAAGUGCAAAAGCACCUUGGGGCGCGCCUUGAGUCAUCGCCAAGUGCAUGAAAAAAUCAUCGCAGAACAAUGGUCCUGCGCCAUGAUCUUAGAAGACCACGCCAAGUUGGCCGAGAACUUCACUUCGAGACUGAGAGAGGUGGCGAGAGACAGCUUUCCGGGCUUCGAUGUGAUCCAACUGGGGCGAUGCGAGGCCAAGGGGACUGGCAAAGACGCCCCGCCAAAGGAUCAGAGUACGGUGCCCACCUUGUUCCAAGGCUGGCCGGGGCGCUGUGCCCACGCCUAUGUGGCCAGCAUCUAUGGUGCGGUGUCCAUGGCCCAAGCGAACACGCCCAUCUCCUUGGGGAGGGACGUUUUACUGUCCGGGAAUCAUAAGUACGAGAAUCGCUUCCGGGCACAUGUGGAUCACAAAAAGCCAGCGGGCAGCUAUUGGUACACAGAUCCAGCCCUCUCCUGGCCCAGCGAAUAG